CAUCCAGAGACUGUCUAUGCUAUGAAGAGAGACCUGCUCCUUACAACAAAACUCAGCUUUUUGCCUUUGUUUUAAGAAAGAACAAAGAUCGUCCUUUUAAUCUAACAAUAACCAGAGAGAUAACUGUGAAGACCUCCACCUGACUACAAUAUAUCAGCUACAUCUUGCACAGAUUCUGAGAAAAACAGAGCUAAACUUGUACAUUCAUUAAAUAUAAUAACUUUCAUCCAUCAUAACUUGGGCUGUUGUCCAGGGCAUUGCAGCUGGAUAUAUUUUCGUUCAGAUUUUUGACUGGUCUUUAAAGAGAAUUUAAAGAGAAUUACCUUUAACACAGAAUCUGGAGCAAACUGUUUGCAGCUAAGCACUGUAUAUCUCUUCAUAACUUCUUAUUCUUUCAACUGGGACAUCAGCUUAUCACCAUCAUCAGCACAAUAACUCUUUAGUCUUGUGUUUGUUGGCCUUCGAAUAUGGCCUUCUCUGAGCUCUUGGAAAAGGUGGGCAGCAUGGGACUGUUCCAGAUUCUCACGGUCAUUUUCCUCUCCAUCCCUGUGCUUUUUAUCUAUGGCCACAACCUUGUGCAAAAUUUCAGUGCAGGAGUCCCUGGUUAUCACUGCAAAGCCAAUGUUACUGAUGAAUUCAACCCUGCGAUACAAAAGCUUGGCCAUGAGAUAUGUCAGAGAGUGGCUGUUAACGAUACAGGAAUAGUAAUGAUGGAAUCAUGCAAAACAGGCUGGGCCUAUGACAAAAGCAUCUUCUCCUCUACCAUCGUGACAGAGUGGGACCUUGUGUGUGGUUUGGAGUCUCUGAAGGAACUUGCACAAUCUCUUUUUAUGGCUGGAGUUCUACUGGGUGCGCUGAUAUUUGGUCACCUUUCUGAUAGGUAUGGGCGUCGUGUCAUUUUGCUGUGCUCUCUCUUUAUGAUCGGCGUGAUGGGCACCGGAGCUGCAUUUUCUCCCAAUUUUAGUACCUAUUGCUGCUUCCGACUAUUAUUAGGUGUUGGAUUGUCUGGACUACUACUCAAUUACUUCUGCUUGAGCUUAGAGCUGGUUCCCCCAAAGUCCCGUACCCUGGUUGUCGCCAUACAGGGUUACUGCAGUACAUCUGGACAGGUGCUGUUGGCAGGGUUUGCAUAUGCCCUAAGAGACUGGCGUUGGUUGCAGCUGGCCAUUUCCUUGCCCUUCUUUAUCUUCUUUCUCUAUUCCUGGUGGCUACCCGAAUCUCUCCGUUGGCUAAUGGUAAACAACAAGCCAGAAAAAGCACUAAAAAAUCUGCAGAGAGUUGCAAAACUGAAUGGAAGAAAAGAAGAGGGACAGAAAAUCAGCCUGGAUAUGUUGCAGUGUGAGGUACAAGAAGAAUCAUCUAAAAAUGAAAACCCUAAAUUGGCCUCCUCCUCCUCCUGGUUUGACCUGUUUCGGACCCCAGGCAUGAGAAGGAUCUCCUGUUGUAUGCUGUGUAUAAGUUUUUCCAUCAAUAUGUCAUAUUUUGGCCUUUCUAUGGAUCUGCCUGUCUUCAGCUAUGGCCCUCAUGUGGUCCAGGUCAUUUUUGGAGCUAUAGACCUCAUUGCCAAGUUAAUGUCCACUAUAGCCCUCAGCUUCCUUGGCAGGCGAUGUGUGCAGUCUGGAACGCUCUUUUGUGCUGGAGCCUUACUCCUUUUGACUCUGGCCAUACCUCAAGAUUUUCCCUUGCUACGAAUAGUUUUAGUGGUCCUAGGCAAGGGUUGCCUCUCUGCCUCAUCACUGUGUUCCUACCUCUAUAGUGGAGAGCUGUUUCCUACAGUAGUCAGGCAGAGCGGUAUGGGCCUUACCACCAUGAUGGCUCGUCUUGGGGGCAUCGUUUCUCCAGUAGUAUUGAUGGCCAGGAGUUCAUAUCCUUUUCUUCCCUUACUGCUGUUUGGAGUAUCUUCUAUGGUCUCUGGGAUCUCUGCUCUCUUCCUGCCUGAACUGCACAAUGCACCCCUCCCAGACACCAUACAGGAAGUGGAAGACAGGGCCCGACAAAAAGUGACCCUGAGGGAACGAGAAAAAGAAAUUGUGAUCAAUGUAGUUCAUUCAACCAAAUUCUAAAAGUUCCACUACUGCCACCAUCUGGAACUGGUGCAACAUGACGCUGCCACAAUUGUGAUUUUAAUGGGAGAGUGAAAAGCCAAGGUGCAUAUGUGCCCUAUUUAAAGGUGUGUUUCUCCUUUUUCAACCGGCUGCCAUCAUCUCCUGCAUCAUGUCACCUCCAUGACAGAUUUUACUUUAUGGAUAUGGACAGACGGAUCUAUGUUUUAGAAACAGGAGAUGACGCUGCGGGGGGCCGACAAAUUAAGAGACAUACAUCGAAAGUAAAGCAGCAAGGAUAAAUAAGGGAUGAACAUUGUGAAGAUGAGGCAUUGUAUGAAGACAAAAUAGAUAUCAGCGAUUACAAAGCAAGAAGAAUAAGUAUAACAAUGGUUACCUUGCCUGCUAUAUCAAAGCCCAAGUGACCAAAUGACUAACUGGUUAAGUCAUGAAUACAAAGACAAAGACCAAAAAAAAAAAAUAGGUGAAAACAUGUAUAUGAAAAAUAC